CGGCGUUUGGUUCUUGUUGGUCCUGGAGGCUUCUUUUCGUUGUACAUUGCUUUCCUUUGAACCAAGCUGAGGCCGGCCGAUGAGUACAGACUGCCACCACCAGACCAAGCUAGCAGGACAUCCUACGACCAAACCAUGAGGCUGACAGGUCCGACUCUCCGCCGGCGGAACCACGCCUGGCUGCAGAUGAGGAGUCGGGAGAUCGAGGCUAAGAGGCUCGCUCGACGCCAAGAAGAGGCCGAAGAUGCCGACGAUGAGAGUGGUGAGGAGGCAGACGACGGGGCGGACUCGUCUGACGAGGAGGGCGGCGCCAUAGAUUCAUCUGAUGACGAGUCCGACGAGACCACAACUACAACUGUUCCUCCGCCUGCUAGUACCGGGACGGCUGGCGUCGGUUCAGGAGUCCGAAUAAUAGCUCCUGGAAACGCUGGGGCAAUAAUCCAGCCUGGUGGAGGAGCACCAGCUAUACCGGGCGUCGCUUUGGGGGCUGAGAAUCCUCAAGAUAUCGACACAGACGCUGAAGAGUCGGCGGAUGAAACCUCAUCUCUUCCCGCCUCAGGAACACCGUCACCGACCACGUCGCCGUUCCCGGGUUUCGUUGGGACCACGCCGACAACCGCCAUCACCGAGUCGGCAUCCCGCUCCGCAGGUCUUGAGCCAAUACUGACACCGACCCAACCGGCAGCAAUCGGACCUUCGCCUACCAUUCCGGCAACCGAUACUGUACAAUCCGAUGUCUCCACGAUUGUUCCCGUUGACCGUCAAUCCAGCCAGCCCGAGGGGGAAAGUCUCGGUACGACCGCACCAGUAGAGCAGAGCAAUAUCAACACUGGGGCCGCCGCGGGCAUCGUAAUUGGAGUCCUCGCGCUCAUCGGUAUAAUGAUCGGCGCAGCCUUUUUCUGGAGGAAAUGGCGCCGCGAUCGUGGCCUUCCCUUCCUUCCAUUCCGUCCAUUCAAAGGGGAAAAGCUAGACGAUCGCCCAUACUCACCCGAAAUCUCCGGUCCCCUUCCUGGCGGGUUAGGCAUUCACAACCCUGCAAAGACGAACACCAAGAUCAUGGAUGACCUCAUGAAAGCCGCGUAUGCGGUCGACGGUGGGACGAAUAACAUGCAGGCCGCCUUCAAUUCGACACCUAAGCCGCCUCCUCAACCACCGCAGGCGGCGUUCAUGGACGAAAAAGCCUAUGUCGCGCUGGCAGGACCUCUAACCCCAAGGACGCCAAAGCCGGUAUCCAGGUGGCUCGAUGAGGUCAAGACGCCUACCCAGUCCGAAGCCCCGGGGAUUCCGCCGUCGCCACAGAUGCCGCGUUCGGCUUCGCCGCCGCGGCCUGGCCCGCCGAUGGCUGGCCCCGGUAGGAUACCGGAGGCGCCACGACCGGCGUAUCACGGGAGGGAGACUAUGACAACAGAGACCACGAACACUAGUGUUCGGUGGUAUGGUUGAGCGUCAUGAUUCGCUUCAGAACCCAUUGUAUGUUGCUUGUGGGCUUGUGUGAAGUCGCCUGGGGCCAGCUUCGAGGCGGGCAUUCAGCGGCAACACUCAAAGGUUACCUAACGAGCGAUUCAAUCAAUAGCCGGUCAGGGACAUGGUGUGUUAGACUUGACGUCUUGAACGCUUUGCACCAAUGAAUGUACACUACAACCAUGAGUACCUUACCUAUUAGACCGUGACAUCGCCCCCGCCUCUGCGACACAUAGCACGUCAUCGGCUACAGACUCGACUGGUGGCCCAGGAUCAGAGGUC